CUUGUAAAUUUAGCAGCACAGGGUUCUGAAACAAACAGUGUAUCUUUCUCUUUCACUGAAAUAUUGCUCUGCCCACUUGAUUUGAAACCUCCAAGUCAUAAUUUUGAGUCUUGUUUUUGAGAUGGCAACGUUUGCAGGUACUACCCAGAAGUGUAAGGCCUGUGAGAAAACAGUUUAUUUGGUUGAUCAGCUCACUGCUGACGACAAAGUUUACCACAGAUUUUGCUUCAGAUGCCAUCACUGCAAGGGUACCCUCAAGCUGAGUAAUUAUUGUUCCUUUGAGGGCGUUUUAUACUGCAAGCCUCAUUAUGAUCAACUCUUAAAGAAGACUGGAAGCUUAGAAAAAAGUUUCGAAGGUAUUCAAGAACUGCUAGAGUUGUCAGGUCUGCUGAUCAGGCACAAACCAACGGCAAGGUUUCUAGAUUAUUUGUUGGAACUCAGGACAAGUGUGUUGCUUGCAAGAAGACAGUCUACCCAAUAGAAAAGGUGACCGUUGACGGGAAAUCUUACCACAAGAUUUGUUUCAGAUGCUCCCACGGAGGAUGUUUGAUCAGCCCUUCAAACUAUGUGGCCCAUGAACACCGUCUCUACUGUAGACACCACCAUACUCAGCUCUUCAAGCAGAAGGGUAACUUCAGUCAGCUUGACCGCCAUGAAAACGAAAUUAAACAUGAAAACCAAAAUAAACAUGAAAAUGGAAACACAAACGAAAACGAAAAUGGAAAUGUCCAGGAGGUUACUGAGAGCACAACAACUGAGUAGUUAAUACUAUGCUGUUUUCACCUUCCAGUGGCAGAUUGUGACUCUAUUUAGAGGCAUCAGAGCAUUUUGCUUUGUUUAUUACACGUAUAAUAAUAUGUGUGAGGCGAAAUUGUAAUGAGUUUUGUGUGGCAAAUUUUUGAUGGUGAGAUUUGAGAAACAACUAGUAUAUGGUUGGAGUGAUUUUAUGCUUUGACUAGGUGCUAGUUUUGACGACUUUGCUAAAUUGGAGUUUUGCUCUCUUGUAUUAUUGACUGUAUCUUUCGGUGCUUACAUGUAUACACUUCUUCCUGUCUAAGAAAUAAGAAUUUGCCAGAUGAGAAAA